CGGAUCAGCUGGUGCCGGCUGGCUUUCAAUCAAUGGAAAAGUACCGUUUGUUGCGUGAGAUGACUCUGUUUGAUGAUGGCAUCGGGUGUCAUUGAGUUUGAUAAAGCGUCGGAGUUCCUGGAACAGGUAUGGAGCAUUCACUUCUUGUACAUGUAAAUCCCUUUCUUUCGGACUUGCGUCUCCGGACAUGUCGUAAUUCAGGACAUUUAAAAAUGUGGAAUGUGGAUGUUAAAGCUGAUGGAUUAAAUUUAAAUAAGGAUAUACAUGACAAAUUUAAAUUGCCAUGACUAAAGAAUCAAGUGUCAAGCAAUCGGAGGCUGUGGUAGACAUGGAGAAGGCUACAGAAGAAGGAAAGCUGGACAGUAAUGACGUGGGAAUCUCUGAUGACCAAGAGCAAAGCCCAGGAAGAAAGUCGUCCAUAUGGCAGACUGUUAAAUCAAAAAUGAAAAUAACACCAAAAGAUGCGACACCAGUAGACUGGAAAAUAAUUGGAUUAGUCUUUUUAUCAUUGUUCACCAGUUCCUUCAGUCUGACAUUUCUGUUUCCUUUCCUACCAGAGAUGAUUUUGUUCUUUGGUUACCAAGAGACAGAGAAAGGCUACUAUGCAGGCCUCGUGGCGUCUAUGGUGUUUGCUGGGAGAGCGACAGGAAGCUUUUUCUGGGGUUGGCUGUCUGACAGAAUGGGUCGCAAGCCAGUUAUGCUGAUGACCAUUUUUGGAAAUGGCUUUUUCUGCUUGUUAUUCGGAUUUACGAUUAACUUACCAAUGGCCCUAGUCACUCGAUUUUUUGCUGGUUUGACAAAUGGUAGUGUUGGUAUUGCUAAGACUAUCCUGUAUGAGAUUUCUGACGACACAAAUCAAGCAAUCGGAAUGUCCAUCCUGUCCAUGUCUUGGGGGGCAGGAAUCAUACUUGGGCCAGCGGCAGGCGGUCUAUUAGCCUCACCAGCCAAGAGAUACCCCUCGGUGUUUUCUGAGGACGGGGCAUUUGGUCGGUUUCCCUACCUCCUGCCCAGUCUUAUUGUGUUGUGUACCUGUAUAGUAGUCUUUGUCAUUGAUGUUAUGUUUCUACCAGAGACACGGAAAAAAAGACAAACGACAUUGAAUGUAGAAGUUGAGGAGGAAAAUGAAGAAUUGCAGAAGCUGUCCCCUAACACAAAAGAGAACCAGACAAGCAAGGUAGACAGGAAGAUUACAAUGUCAAUGGAGGAUCUCCACUGUCACACAGAAAGGGCGGUGUACGAAGUCAAACUUCACCAGUCCUGUCAUAAUCUCUACACGUCACGUGACUCACACAUAGCAGAGGUCAGGCAAAGGUCAAUAUCUGAAAAUGGAGAACUACUGAAGAAAGAGGCCAUUGCAGAGGAAGAUGGGGAAGUGGAAGAAAAAACAUCAAAGAGCAUUUUAGAUAAAAUCAGGAGUACAACUUUAAUUAAGAUAUUCAGCAUGCCUGAGUGUAGAGAAGCUAUAUUCUUAUACACAAUCUUUUCCUUCUCUGCCAUUGGUUAUGAAGAAAUUUUCACAGUAUGGGCAUCAACCAAAACAUUUUACGAUGGCCUUGGGUUUGAUGCAGAUGAGAUUGGCAUGGUCUUGGGUAUAGCAUCAGUUCCUAUGCUGGUCCUUAAUUUGUUCAUCUACCCAUGGCUGAACAGACUGAUAGGAACCAAAAUGACGUUCGUUGUCUGUGGUUUUGUUAAUGGAGCAUUGAUGACAGCAACAGCUACGUUACAUCUUCUGGACUCAAGUUCCUCUACGUUGCUGUGGGUAAUCCUGCUCCUUGUCAUCAUUCCACAGAAAAUCAUGACAAGUUGUUGUUUUACUGCAACGUCUCUGUUUGUCAACAACUCAGCUACCACCCACAUUGCAGGAUCCGUCAAUGGUAUCGCCAUGACAGCCACAGCAUUCUCAAGAACCUUGGCACCAACGAUAGGGGGAAGUGUGUUUGCUUGGUCCAUCUCGAGUGAUCUUGGAGCACCAUUUGAUGUCAACAUUGCCUUCUUCAUGUUCGGAUUUAUUUUAUGGUUGACGAGCGUGUACAGUAUAUUUACACGCGAGUCUCUAAACAGGAAAAAGACGGGAACCCCCUCCACACAAAAAUAGUGACCAGAGUGUAAUUAGUAGAAUUAAUCUUACUUUAAUUGUACAGGUGCAAGAAAAUCAUGUUUUGCUUUGAAAUCAGAGUCUGAUAUAUCUAAUAAGAAAGGAAAACAUGAACUGAAUUUCCCAGUAAUUGAACUAAUUAUUGGUAAUCGGAAUCUUGAUUUACCAUUGGUAGCAAAGACAAGUUUUGUCACUAUUAUAUGUGAUGUGGAUCGGUAUAUUUCAGACCAGAUUACAAAGCAGAUCCUGUCUUUCAUUUAACAAUUAUUUAUAGCAUCUGCCACUUCAUUGUUUUGUUUACUCAUAGAAUUUAAAUUUGAAUUUCUAUGAGCAUUUUACUAGUGGGAAUAUAAAUUAAUGUAAAUGAAUAGUGAAAUUUUUUUUUCCAUGUAUUUUUCUAUGGACAGUUUUGACUGAUCUUUCAAUUCAAACAGAUUCAAGAAUUUUAUUUUAAAAAACCAUUCUGAUUAAAUUAGGGAAAAUUUUCAUUCCAUAACAGUUUGGAGUGUCUUAAUUUUUUUUCUAUUAAUUGUUUAUUAUGCCCCCCUUCAAAGGAGAAGGGCAUAUUGCUUUGCACCUGUUGGUUGGUCGGUCAGUAGACCACAUGUUGUCUGCUAAAUAUCUUGAGAUCCAUUCACUUGAUCAUAAUGAUAUUUCAUCUCUGGGUUGGUUAUGAGUAGAAGAGGACCCCUAUUGAUUUUAAGGUUCAAAGGUCAAGGGUUCAAUUUACUCUGGACACAGGAAGGUACUGUCCGCUCAAUAUCUUCAGAACCCUUUCCUUAACAGACAUCAACCUUGGUAAACUAGACAUAGGAAUAUACUGUGUGCUCAAUAUCUUGAGAAUUCUUUGCUUAAGUAGACAUCAAAUUUGGUACUCUGGUACACAUCCUAAGAAGUAGAUGACCCCUAUUGAUUUUGAGGUCACAUGGUCAAGGGUCGAACUGGACAUAUGUAAAUACUGUCUGCUCAAUAUCUUGAGAACCCUUUGUUCGACCUACAUCAAAUUUGGUACACUGAUACUGCAUAAGGAGUAGAUGAUCUCUAUUCAUUUUGAGGUCACAUGUCAAACUGGACAUAGUAAUAUGUUGUGUCCUAUAUUUUAAGAAUCAUUUGCUUGAUUGACACCAAACUUGAUAAACUGGUACAUCAUAAGAAGUAGAUGACCCCUAUUGAUUUUUAGGUCAGAUAGUCAAAGGCCAAGGGUCAAUCCACUCUGGCCAUUGGAAGAUACUGUCUGCUCAAUACCUUGAAUUGUUUUGACAGUACUAUCAAUUAAAUGAUGCAUUUGUAUAUGCACCAAGGGAAGGGGGAUAUAUGUUUUACAAGCAUUUCUUGCUUUUUGGUCGCAAGACAUUCCAGAUCUCGCCCUUGUACAGAGAUUUAGGAUGAGUGAAGAGAGAAGGAUAGUGCUAGUGUGUAAGCUCAGAGUUAAGAAAUAAAUUUCAAUUUUAAUAUGAAGUAUGCUGACAUAAAGCGUUUCAACUCAUACACUCAUGUACUUUCUAAAAAAAAUUUUUGUAUUUACAUUCUACUUUAAUUUCUGUCUGAAUUCCAAUGUGUUUAAAUAGAUGUACUAUAUUUAUCAAGAUUCAUACAUGCAUUGUUUACAUCUGCAUCCGAUUCAUAAGGAGAUGGAUAUCAUUACAAUUGGUAAAGAUACAGAAGGCAAAAACAUGUUAUAUAAAUCAUAAUGUAUACAUGUAAUUUGUAAGGUCAGAAUAGAUCAUGUGUAUUUUAGAAUUCAGUUUAGACACGACAUGCUUAUUUUAGAAUUCAGUUUUGACACGACAUGCUUAUUUUAGAAUUCAGUUUUGACACGACAUGCUUAUUUUAGAACUCUGUAUCAAUCAUGUUUCGUUUUUAAUUCUAUAUCAACAUGACAUUAUGUUUAUUUUUUUAGAAUCUGUAUCAACAUGACAUCAUGAUUACUUUAUAGUUGACUUCUUUAUGUUUUAAUUUUGCCCUGAUUUGACCCAAGUUCAAUUGUUAAUUACGCAUUGAAGUAAGAUCAUGUUCAUUUUUUAAAUCUGUAUUAAAAUUACAUAAUGUUUAUUUUUUAAAAAUUUUAUAUUGAUAUAACAGGUAUAUUUUUUUAGAUUUUGUAUCAACAGGAGUUCAUGUUUAUUUUAGAAAUGAAAGUUAUUUUUAAUCAUUUUAUAUAUGAUGUAAAGUGAAAUUACAUUCACUCUCCAUGAUUUCAUUUAAAAAAUGGAUUUGAUCCAUUUGAUAAACAAUUAUAAUAUGACUACCCUUACCAAACUAUACAGUAUGCGGCAACCUUGCGGCAAACUUACAGUAAACUAGCGGCUAACUAUUUUGUUCACCAAAAGCUUAAACACUAGUUCGCAGCCAUUCGCCGGUAGCAGUGAACUUGUGGCGAACAAACAUGAAGUUCGCUGGAAGUAUACCAGAAAUCUUUCUUUACCAUAUAUUUGUAUAUCACAAAGAGAUCCAAAUACUCCCUGGUAGCGGUGAACUUGUGGCAAAUGAAAUUACAGUUCGCUGCAAGUAUACCAAAGAUCUUAGAUUUUAUUAUAUACUGCCUCGUAAUGUAG